CUUACUUAGAGAGAAAUAUCAAUUAACCAUUAGUCCAAGAAUGGGUCGGAAACUGGAUCUGGGAUCUUUGACGGAAGAAGAAGAAAAAAUAAUAUUGCAAGUUAUUAAAAGGGAUUAUACCGUGAGAAAAGUGGAAACGAACAGAAUCGGAGAACUUUCCAAAUCUGUUGAGAAUGAGGAACUAAAGCAACAAGAAAUUGUGAAGGAGGCGGUUCAAGGGGAAGUCCCUAUUGAUACUCUAUGUGCCAGAUGUGGGAGUAAAUUUAUAUGGCUCAUCAAUCCUAAGAAUCAAUGCAACGGGUGCGACCUCUACUUUUGCAAGAACAAGAUUGAAUGUAUCGUUUACGACAAACUCACAGAUAAAUGCUUCUGCAAUGCCUGCUUGAAACAGAGAGAUCUCCAUGCACUUGCUGGUAACUGGUUUUAUACAAAAUUGAAAGGAAAGUUUCGACGGCAUGGGGGCGCUAAAGUGUCGAGGGAAUUUCAGAAAAGAAAGAAAACAAGAAAAUCAGAAAGUGACAGCUCUCCUGGCCCAUCCAAGAAACCAGCAAGGCUGACAGUGGAAGUUGAGAGAAAUGACUCAAUCUCCUCUAUUGAUUCCACAUCGGCACCAUCUUUAUACCGGCUCCCAUCAGACAGAAGCUACGACAGUUCCAGCAUCACAACUCUAGAGGAAGGUCGGGAAAUCCAGACGCCUCUACAUGGACAAAUACAAGAGAAUAAGAAAGAUUCUGAGUCGGAGAAGAGUGAUGAAGGAAUAAUAAAGCAGGAUUAUGAUGUCACUAUGGGUGCAGUUGUCAUAGGAACGGUUGAAGCUCCUCUCCAAUCAGCAUCAACUGAAACUCAAAGUCAUUCAUUUGACAUUGAGAUUCAAACGGAUGACCUUGACAAGGACGAGGACAAAUUAUCAGCGAUCAAGGAAGAACUGGAAGCUGCUAUAUCUAAGUUAUUGCUGCCCAAGUUGGAAGAAUUGAAAAGAUCUCAAUCAGAGCAUGAAUCAGAACUGGAAAGGCAGAAAAAGAUCGAUGAAUCGGUGAAAAUGGCUGAAGAGAUGAUUGACAAGGCUUUGGAGAGAGCAAGAGAAAAACAUUCUAAUAUGCCUCAAGGUCCCGAGGAGAACGUUCUCCUGACCAAAUACCUCACUGAUAGCAAAUCUGAACUGAUGGAUAAAGUUUCUUCGCAGCUUUACUAUGAGGCUCAUGACAACAAUGAGGGAUCAGCUCGAUCAUCCAUGCGUGAGACUGGGACAAUGACCGAAACUUCAGACAGCGAAAUGGAAUCAAUUAGUUCUCAAUCUAUUACUAGUCGCCACCGAUCCAGAGAUAUUCCACUAUCAGAAAGACUUGGUAGUCUCAGCCCAGACUCUUUGCGAAAUACAUUGAAUCAAAGUCAGAAUUCAUCUGGAAGUUCCAUCACACAAGGAGUUGUGCUGCAGAAGGAUCAGUUGGUAGCGAGGGCUGAUAUCGAUAAUACUUUGGGACAAAUAUUAGAUGAACAAGGAGUUAUUGUGUCUGGUACAAACUCGCCACAAGAGUUCAGUACAGAGCUGAAAUUUACUGCAGUGGGAGGAGGGGGCCAACGUAGGCGUCGAUUAUCAACAGAAGAAUUAUCAGACUCAGACUCUGAUCAUUCAAGCGAACAUUCUCACGAACUUCUCAAAGAGAACGAGAACUGGUCGGUACCUGAGGUGCAGAAAAGGCCGUCACAGUUUGGAAAGGUUACAAGCAAUAACAGUUCAAGCGCUAUGAUGUCACUGCAGAAUGGUUUUGAAUCGCCUUAUGACCACUUGAGGGAGGAAGACAGUGAUUCGGAUGAUCGAGAACAUGUAGAAGAGGAACAAGUGCUUGCGAGUGUUGUCAGGCGUCCUGAUAGCACUAUGUCUCCUCCAGCUCUUAUGAGCAACCAAGUUGAAGUCGUUGAAUCAUUACCAGCGAAAAAACCUCAUCUACCAGUAGAUGUCGCUGUUGAUCCACAACUCCUCCGAUCACUGAGUGAGGAUCUGGAUAGCGGAGAAGCGUUACCAAAAGUAAAGGUUGAGUCACCCAGGACUCCGCCAGUAGAGGAAGAAAUCAUUCAAGCAGUGGACCGGGAGGCACGAGAAUUCCAGACUCCUUCCACCACCGAAGAAACCACAGAAGAAAUUGUGGUUCACGAAGAAAAACCCGCUGCUAAAAAACGCAUCCUCAUUCCACCUCCCAGAACCCCAAGCACUGAAUCUGAUCUCAGCAUCAUACCAGAGGCAGAACAGGAAUUAAGGUCCAACAGCUCAGAUUCGGAAUCCUCGGAUUCAUCAAGCGGUUCCUCAGAAAAGAGAAGCGUCAGGAGGUCUCAAAUCCUGCAACCAGCACGGCACUCUGUAACUUCACAUGAUCAUAAUAUAAAGACGAACAAUCUGUCACCAAACCAUGACUUGAUUCCUGAUGACGAUGAUUUUGGAGACAAAAUGGCCGAAGCUAUUGCUGCACAACAGAGAAUUUCUGGACAAAAAAUGGAAGAAGGUCUUGACGCUGAAGAGAGGGAACUAUAUGAACCUAAACAACAAGAGGUCAAUUUUGAUACUUCAGUCACAAUCGAACACAAAGUCCAGGAAUCUAUGUCCAGCAUCAGUGGGGAUGAAUCGACAUUAGAUAAAGAACAAACAGAAAGGGAAAUUGAGGAGAGUGCAGUAGCAAUGAGAAUGAUCAACAACAAAUCUAUUGAAAUUCUCUCUGACACAAUUCAAACCAUAGAAGAGGUCAAAGGUCAUUCUUCAUCAGAGUCUUCAGAUUCAGACUCAGAUGACGAGUCAUCAAAACAUGAAUCAUCAGAAAAUAUUCACAAAAUUAAUGUAGCAGAGGAAGAGAUUUAUAAGAAUGCAGCCAGAACAUUUGUGAUGGAAGAACGAAUGGAUCAAAUACAAAGAGAUGCUGAAAACCUGAAUCAUUCAACCGUGGAUGCUGUCGAAAGAUUGAAACAACUUGAGGAAGAAGUCGGAUUCAUGGAAAAGAAAGAAACAGAAGUUAGACAUGGAGUAAAAUCUAUUGAUGACAUCAUGAGGGAGUUAAGAGAAGCAGGAUUGAAGGCUGAACGGGGAGCAUUCAAGCGACAAUCACUGGAUUCUGCAACUGCUGCAGCUUAUAAAGAAAAUCAAAAGAAGCCAUCACGAUUCAGUCUCCCUCCUCGAACUCAAACUCACCAGAUACCAGUGAAUGCUGCAUCAAGAGAGACUCCUUCCUGGUCGGAGAGAACAUUCAAAGUCACUCCAAGACCGACAGCUGCCCCACCCAUAGAAAACCCUACGUUCCACUCAACGCCAAAGUCAAAGUCCUCAAGCUCGAGUCAGUCUAGUCACUCAAGCCAUAAAUCCAGAAGUCACUCAAGCUCCUCAAGCCAUUCUGGGACUCGCUCAAGAAGUGAAUCUGACGAGAGGAACAUGAGCGCUUUUGAGAAUAUUGAAGCAACCAUUUCCGCCCCUAUUCAUGCAUCAGUGGACACGCCACACUCUAGUGGUUCUGUCACGCCCACCCAUUCAAGUCGAUCUGCCACGCCCACAAGAUCUAUAACACCUACUAUAACGAGUCCACAUAGUACGCACUCUAGACCUCACUCUGAAGAAAGGAAAAGUGACCAUCUAGAUACAAACCAUACUAAAGUUCCAGUUAUCAUUCCACUGAAAGAUUCAUCAAUUUCAUCCAAUUCAUCAAGUUCUCUUCAUUCAGUAAAUUCAUCUCAUUCCAAAACUUCUUCUGAAGUCGGUGAUAAAAAAUUAAAAGAAAGGAUUCCAGCUUCUGUCCUUAUUCCCCACAAAGAAUCUUCAAUUUCAUCUCAUUCAGCGAGUUCUGUUCAUUCAGCCAGCUCAAAAUCCUCUUCUAAGAGUGAGAAGGAAUUUGAAGAAAAAAUUCCAGCUUCCAUUUCCAUUCCUCAAAAAGAUCCAUCAGUUUCAUCUCAUUCAGCGAGUUCCAUUCAUUCAUUCAAUUCAGAAAAAUCAAGCAGUUCAUCUCAUUCAAAAUCUUCCAGUGAGAAGGAAUACCACAUAAAGCAUGAAAUACCAGUUCCUGUUAUCAUUCCACUGAAAGAAUCGUCAAUUUCAUCUCGUUCAGCUAGUUCUGUUCAUUCUUUAAAUUCACUUAGUUCAGCCGAAGAAGAAUUGAAAGGGACAACCUACAUGCCAGGUCUUUCAGCAGCUGAAUUAGAAGAAUCUAGAAUCCCAACCCCAGUUCCAAGAAAAAGAAUGGAAACCUUUCAGAUUGAAGAAUGUGCGACAUUGCCGGCCCCGAUACCAAGAGAAAGGAAAGCUAGCAGCAGUAGCAGUAGUAGUUCAGAUGAUGCGCAGACAACUCUCGAAGAAUCAUUACCAGCGAAAGAUGUUCGGAAAAUAGUCAAUAAGUUUGCAAUAAAACAAGAAAAACUGGAAGGAAAGGAAGGAAAAGUGGAGACAGAUGAAUCAGGAACUGAAUAUACUGAACCACUGAUUACGAUGGGAAUGAAUCCUGAAUUAGAAGAAAAGAAAAAGAGAAUUUUAACGAAGAAAAAACCUCUGAUUAACACGCAACUCAGCACUGAAUCUGAAUCUUCAGAAAGUAUUGAAAGAUCUGGGAAGAGAGACAAAUCGAAAUACAAGAAAGAUGACAGCUGGAUGCUUCGAAAAGAAAGUGAUUUUGAUUCGGAUUCUGCUUCGGUUUCCAGCAGUUCAAGCAAACAUAGCAGAGAAACAGGUAGGAGCAGUAAAAGUGGGAUGUUCCAUAAUUUAUCUGCGGCCGAACAGCGAGAGAUGGCUCGGAUCGCUCUGAUGCAUUUACCAGAAACCGCAAUCGCUGAGGACCGAUACAACACAAAAACGAUAAAAUUUGUUCGGACAGAGGAUUCUUCCACUAAGUCUCCCCCACCAACUAAAACUGAAGUGUUGCCUGCUAUGGAGGUGCCAGUAACACAAAAGACCACAAUCCAACAAGAAUCAACACCAUCUAAACCACCACGCAAGGAGGUGGCUACAGCACAGAUCCAUGUCCAGGGGGAUUCCCCCAUAUUACCACAAGGGAUGACACUGGGAGAAGCAAAGAAGUUGUUGCAAAAGGAACUAACAGUAAAGAUAAAAACCGAUGACUCAGGAACCAAGUUUGCAAAAAGAGAAGACGGGUGGAAGGGAACGAGUUUUAAUACAGAAGCAGAAAAAGCUAAUUUGAGAAAUAGCUUUGAUGGGACAACAGUCAGAAAGCUGGAAUCGAAUGGAAGUGCGAAGCAUGAAACUCAUCAAAUGGAUUUGUCUCCCACUGAUCUUGAUCGCUCUCAAGUGGUCAGGGGAUCCAUUACAAUGCGAGGAGGAAAAGCGAUGGUUUUGACUACGAGCCCAGAUGGCAAAGAAAAAGCUGAAUUCAAGGACAUCUGAAGACAAAGACAAGAUGCUGACAUAUAUUUGUGAAAUUUUUAUUUAUUUUUCUGUGAAUUUCAACAUUUUAUAUAUUUUGUCUAAAUAUUGUGCAUGGUACAAGAUAAUGUAGAAUGGGGCAAGCUAAGCAUGGUGGGGUAAGGACAUUUAUCCUGGGGGAAAAGGAUGUUUCCAAAACGGCAUAUUCAUGGGAUAACACUUUUUGAUAGGAAGCUCAUAAGUUGGCUUGACCACACAUAUAUUUAGUCUGUAGGAAAGGAAGUUUGAUAAGAUGGUUUAUUAAUUGGUCACAUUUAUUUCAAUUAAUUAGUCGCAUUUAUUCCUUGAGAAAAGAAAGCCGAUAAGAUGGCCUAUUCAUACAAAAACGUUAGGCAUCCAUAUUACCUUUCUUUUUUGCAAUUUGCCUUCCCACAAAUGCUAUCUUCAUCCAUCAGUAGAAAGCUUUUGGUUUCUAAUCGUAGAAAUCCAGCUGUCUAAAUGUAUAUAUUCGCAUGUGGCUUACUGAAGUAUUUUGAUAUAAAACUUUCCCAUAUUUAUCAAAUUGCAUAUUUUCCAAAUACCCCCCAUCAUAUCCAAAAACACCCAAUAUAAAUACCAUUUUUUGUAUCUAAAUACCAUUUUUACAAUAAUUUUGAGUCCUAAACGGUACAGAAAGUUAUUUUUUAAAUUUGUAUUCUAUAUUUUUAAUUUUUUGAAGAAAUUAUUUUGAGAAGUUGUUUGUAUCGUAUAUCUUUGAAAGAAAUUCAAAAUUUAAAAAUAUUUUGCUAAUCUGCUCCUGUUGUGUGUGUACCAGGUUAGGGUAUGGCUGUUUUUUCAUUCCGAUUUUCCUUAUUUUAGUUCUAUUACGAGUUCGGGGACUGUCUGUGUUAGCCAAGUGAAUAUAACCCUCUGCCCAUAGGUUCCAGUCCCUUUACACAACUUGAUGUGAAAUAGGCGAACAAAAUUAGUUGCCUCCAUAUUGGUACACACACUUCGCGAGCGCCUCAUUAUACUCAUUGCUUAUGGCUCUCUGGCGAGGCACAAUAAUGCUGCUAGGGAACUCGAUUAACUCUUAUGUUUAUUAUAUUGUCACCAUAUUUGCACUUUUAUAUUCAACUUUGCACAAAACGUUUAUUUCUUCAACUUUUUUUCUUAAGUGCCAUUUUAUCAUUAAAAUCAUCUGUAUAUUUUAUAAUUAUAUCUUUAUUCUCCUCAUGAGAUUUAAUCUUUAUCUCGGGAGAGGAAAACCUAUAAGACGGCUUAAUUAUAUGUUAGGAUUUUCAUAGUUACUCGUGAGGAAAGGAAAGCUGGUGAACUUGAUCUUUUGAUGAACCACGACCUCUAGUUCGUUUACCAGUCUAGGUGAGUCAAAGUCUGGUGAGAUUUUUUUAAAGAGUAUCAUCCCCCUUCAUUGGAUGACAAGCAUGUUCCAAAAGCUGGACUUAAAAAUUGGGUACUCCUGAAGUAUUUGAACCAAGAUGGCGGACACCGGAACGUAGUAUGUGUACCAGGUUAGGGUUAGGCCAUAAUUUCAGGCACAAAUACUAUGGGAGUCACUUGGCUAGUCUCCUGAACUCAUGAUAAAAUUAAAAUAAAGAAAAUUGGAAUAACUUAACCUGGUACACAUACUACAUUCCGGUGUUCGCCAUCUUGGUUCACAUACUUAAGAAGCACCAAAAAGACAGCUGGUGACCUUAUGACGAACCACGGCCUCUAGUUCUUCUCGAUGAGUCAAGUCUGGUGAGAUUUUUUCAAAGAGUAUCCCUCUUCCCUGGAUGACAAGCAUAUUCCAAGAGCUGGACUUAAAAAUUGGGUACUCCUGAAGUAUUUGAACCAAGAUGGCGGACACCGGAACGUAGUAUGUGUACCAGGUUAGGGUUAGGCCAUAAUUUCAGGCACAAAUACUAUGGGAGUCACUUGGCUAGUCUCCUGAACUCAUGAUAAAAUUAAAAUAAAGAAAAUUGGAAUAACUUAACCUGGUACACAUACUACAUUCCGGUGUUCGCCAUCUUGGUUCACAUACUUAAGAAGCACCAAAAAGACAGCUGGUGACCUUAUGACGAACCACGGCCUCUAGUUCUUCUCGAUGAGUCAAGUCUGGUGAGAUUUUUUCAAAGAGUAUCCCUCUUCCCUGGAUGACAAGCAUAUUCCAAGAGCUGGACUUAAAAAUUGGGUACUCCUGAAGUAUUUGAACCAAGAUGGCGGACACCGGAACGUAGUAUGUGUACCAGGUUAGGGUUAGGCCAUAAUUUCAGGCACAAAUACUAUGGGAGUCACUUGGCUAGUCUCCUGAACUCAUGAUAAAAUAAAAAUAAGGAAAAUUGGAAUAACUUAACCUGGUACACCUACUACAUUCCGGUGUUCGCCAUCUUGGUUCACAUACUUAAGAAGCACCAAAAAGACAGCUGGUGACCUUAUGACGAAUCACGACCUCUAGUUCGUCUCGAUGAGUCAAGUCUGGUGAGAUUUUUUCAAGAGUAUCCCCCUCCCCUGAAUGACAAGCAUAUUCCAAGAGCUGGAAUAAAAAAUCCAGUAAUAUAAGUAUCAUUUGCUUGGUAGCUUUGUUUGUUUACUAAUAUAACAAGCCUCCUUUUUCAUCAUUUUUUUCGAAAUUAGGGUUUUUCUGGCUGUGUACAACUGUAUUCUAUAUGCCACUUAGCUGAGUUUCCGACCAUGAACCGUGGCAUAAGAACCGUUCUAAAGAUGUAUUGCAGGUAAAUCGGAGAUAUCAAUUCCUGUGAAAACAAAAUUGUUGUAAAAUGCUUGUCUGAAGAAUUCAGAGUAAACGCUACAGCAGUUAUGCAGCAAGACUAUUAAAUCAAAUAGUGCAAAAGUUUUGAUAACAUCAUACGAUUGUAAGACUUCUGCUUACUGUAGAUAAUUAAUGUCAUCUAAAAUUUCAUGUUUGAAUAAUUUUUCACUUUCACAUUUAUACUGUUUAUUAAUGCCGGGUAGCUUUGCAAUUCAGUAAUUUCUGUGAUAUUUCAAUUAAAACCGUGAAGUGUA